AUGCUGGACCCAGCCCAUUCUCGUACGCAAUAUAUCGUUCCCGCUUCAAAUCUAACAUUAGGUCCAGGAGGAUUCGUCCCAACAAAUUUAUCGGCAGCAUCACCAGCUCCAGGCAAGCGACAUUAUGGACCAGCUCCUAUUACUCAACGCCGUCGAUUUCAUACUACCAAGAGGGUCAAGUUGACAUCUGGCAACUUGGUUUUAGACUGUCCAGUGCCAUCUAUGUUCUUAAAGACGCUGAAGUAUCAAGAAGGAGAGGAAUUUACUCAUAUGCGGUAUACGGCCGCUACCUGCGAUCCGGAUGAUUUUGCAGCGGAGAACUACACAUUACGGCCUUUAAUCAUAGAUGGUCUGCCGCGCGAAACAGAACUAUUUAUUGUCAUGACCAUGUAUAAUGAGGAUGAAGUAUUGUUUACGCGGACCAUGCAUGGCGUAAUGAAGAAUAUCCGCCAUCUAUCAACACGUGAUCGGUCACGAACAUGGGGAUCUGAUUCAUGGAAGAAAGUGGUAGUCUGUAUUGUAUCUGAUGGACGCUCAAAGGUCAAUCCAAAGACUUUGAAUGUGCUUGCAGCCAUGGGAGUCUAUCAGGACGGUGUAGCCAAAAACAUUGUGAAUGACAAGCCUGUUAAUGCACACAUAUAUGAAUAUACUACACAAGUAACCAUUGACUCCCAUAUGGACCGUUCAGGUCAUGAUAAAGGCUUUGUUCCAGUUCAGAUUCUGUUUUGCCUUAAAGAAAAGAAUGCCAAAAAGCUGAAUUCACAUCGAUGGUUCUUUAAUGCAUUUGGGAAAAUAUUGAAGCCCAACGUUUGUGUGCUACUAGAUGUAGGGACGCGACCUGGGUCAACCUCGAUUUAUCACCUCUGGAAGGCAUUUGAUCUUAAUUCGAACGUAGGGGGCGCCUGUGGAGAGAUUUGUGCCAUGUUGGGCCGUGGAGGCAGUCAAUUGCUCUCGCCUUUGGUUGCAUCUCAAAAUUUCGAAUAUAAAAUGUCCAACAUACUCGACAAACCAUUAGAAUCCGUUUUUGGAUACAUUUCAGUUUUGCCAGGGGCUUUUUCUGCAUACCGCUACCGUGCCUUGCUGAACGAUGCUACCGGUCAAGGACCUCUCGAGAAGUAUUUUUUGGGUGAAAAAUUUCACGGUUCAGAAGCCAAUAUUUUUACAGCUAAUAUGUAUCUGGCAGAAGAUCGAAUUCUAUGUUUUGAACUGGUUGCCAAGCGUAAUAGCGCUUGGGUGCUACAAUAUGUCAAGUCUGCUUAUGGGGAGACAGAUGUUCCAGGAACCGUCGCAGAGUUUAUUUCACAGCGCCGGCGAUGGUUAAACGGAUCAUUCUUUGCCUCAGUUUACGCAUUGACCCAUAGUAUGAAUAUCUGGCGCUCAGACCAUUCAACAACACGCAAGUUAUUCUUUCAUCUCGAGUUUUUUUACAGCUUUGUUUCUUUGGUCUUUUCGUGGUUCGCUUUGGGCAAUUUUUAUCUAACUUUCUAUAUUCUCGGUAGUGCCAUGGUAUACACACUUAAUGAAGAUGGUACUGUGGCACAGCCUAGCCCAUUUGGCGCCAACGAUGUUGGAUUUUGGGUCUUCACGGUCACACGUUACAUAUACAUUCUUUUGAUCAUCGUUCAAUUCAUCAUGAGCAUGGGUAACCGUCCACAAGGGUCAAACUGGGCAUAUAAGACCUCCAUGUGGUUCUUCGCAUUAUUGAUGGGAUACAUGCUCUUUGGAGCCGGAUAUACAACAAUUAGUGGAGUCAAUAAGGCACAUCGAGAUGCAGUGUUGCGGGAAAUGGAUCAUCAAUCUCUGGUAUCACUCUACUUCCAAGAUGCCAUUUUCCGAAAUACUGCUAUCUCCCUGACAUCAACCUAUGGACUGUACUUCGUUGCUAGCUUUUUAUUCCUAGAGCCAUGGCAUAUGUUCCAUUCGUUCAUUCAGUACCUGUUCAUGCUACCGUCCUAUGUCAAUAUCUUGAACGUUUAUGCGUUUUGCAACAUCCAUGAUAUCUCAUGGGGUACCAAGGGAGAUACAUCCGUUGCAACAGAUCUAGGAGUAGCCAAAAAAACUUCUGAAGGGGGUGUCGAAGUGUCGGUGCCGACCGAUAGCCACGAUAUCAACAAUGCAUAUGAUGAAGCAGUUGCAGCGCUAUCGACGAAGACUGUCGAGGUCAAGAAACGCCGAGAUGCGAAGACGAAACAAGAGGAUUAUUACCGUGAGAUCCGAACACGUGUUCUUCUUUCAUGGAUCAUGAGCAAUGCGAUAUUAGUGGCGUUAAUUACCUCGUCUGUGUUAGGAGACUUCAGGACAACGAGUACCAUCUAUCUUGGAAUAAUUCUCUGGUCUGUGGCCGGCCUUGCGCUGUUCAGGUUCUUUGGAAGCGUAACUUAUAUGAUUCUUCGGCUCUUUAAUAGCCGCAUUGUAUAG